UUUCAGAUUGCGGUGAAUGGAGAGCAUUUCUGUGCCUUUUACUACAGAUUGCCUCUUGAUGAUGUAACAGCUCUCGAAGUUAAUGGGACCAUUCAAGAUGUCAGGAUUCGGCAACAUAAUCUAUUUAUAUAUCCAGAUCCUAAUAUUUCCAGACCAUCUCGAAUAUUGGUCUUGACAACUGAAGAACCACUUGUGGAUUUUCUAGAAAUUCCAAUUACUGUGGAUAUUGGUAGCAAAUUUUGUGUCGGCGCUCGUUUAUUCAUUGUCGGAAGAUUAAAGUUACUGCCGCAUUCAUUUUACAUAAAUCUGCAGAAGGGUAAAACCAUUUAUCCUCAUCCCGUUAUACUACUGCAUUUAAAUCCGCGUUUUUUAUACGGCAAUAGUGAGCCAUAUGUCGUAAUGAAUUGUUGGAACAAUGGUGCAUGGGGUCACGAAGAGCGACAUCAAGGUCAAUUAUCCUGGAUGCCCGGUCGAGACUUCGUACUUACUGGUGCUGGUGAGCGACUGACGUGCCGCCACUGAGGGACUGGCUUAGCGCCGCCAGCCUAGCUUGAUGCAUCAUAGCACAUUAAAAAAUAAUGGAAUCGCGAC